AUGGAUAUCGAUUUCUUUCAAAUUCUACUUUUUGUUUAUUUUCUGGAGUCUGCUUUUCCCCUAAAAGUUGGGUAUUUGAAAGCAGCACAUGUUCGAGACAACAUCAUUGAGAAUUGUUCGAUAGGCAAGAAUAUUGAAUUGUUCACCGAGAGAGCUUGCGAGGAUUUCGAUGGUCUCGACGCGGCAGUGACCCUUGAGCACACGGAAAACGUUGACCUUUUCCUUGCUGAAGGUUGCGAAAGUGAAGCGGAAACAAUUUCUCGUUUGGUUGAAAGAUGGGGGAAACUCUUCAUCACAGCGCAAAGCUUGGCACCAAACGAUAAAGGAAAAACAACGCUCGUUGCCACAAGAAAUACAACGUUUGGAUUGGGAAGAGCAUUGGCUGUCACUGCUCUUCAUUUGAAUUGGACACACUUAACAACGCCAACAUCAACUCAAGAAAUUAUAAAGCGAUCAAUUUACAAAUACAAUGUUCAGAGUUUCUCCAGUCUAAGUGACUCCCUCCAACUCUGUGAGAUCUUGUCGAGCGGCUAUAGCUCAAUGGAGAGUUUUGUGAAUCAAAGUUUUCAUGGUGAAUUGAGUCAUUUCUUUGUCUCAUCAAGUGGCAUUUUAUUGCCGGAUUGGGAACUGCAUUUCUUCGAUGGAUCAAAUGAGACACUGGUGGCGAAAAUUUCCGGCAACAACACCUGGAGUUGGAGCUUCACCGAAAAGUUGAUUGCUUUAGAAAUGGUGCUGGAGGACUGCGGUCGAGAAUGGAUCUUCCAACUACCACCAGCUAUUCCCCUUUGUGGAUUUGAUGGCUUAUCGUGCAGCAAUCGACUCAUUUAUUUGGCUGUAGCAGCAAUUCUAUUCGUUUUAUCCGUUCCAUUGUCGUUGGCGUGGUACUUUCAGAAAAAAGAACAUGAACUCCAAAAAAUGUCUUGGCGAAUCGGGCACAAUCAAGUUCGCUUCAAUGGAUCAAAUGAUUUGGGUAGCUCGGCCGCAAGUGAAAAGCUUCGACUUUCGUCUUUUCGAACGAAUUCCUUGGCUUGUUCAACAUUUGGUUCUCUAGGUGAAAGUUGCAAAAUUGCUCAAGUUUUUGGGAAAAAGGUGACUGUGAAAUCUUAUUUUCAACGACGACCAGUGGAUAUUUCGAGAAAAGAUAUGGAACAUUUGAAUGAACUUCACAGUUUAACCCACUCAAAUAUCAAUUCAUUUGUGGGAAUCUCUUUCGACAGUGGGACUGAGUUGCUCGUUUUGUGGACUUUUUGCACGAGACACAGUCUUGAGGAUCUCUUCUUUAUCAAGGAGCACAAAUUGGGCAGGAAUUUCUUGGCCUCGUUUUUACGACAAAUCUUGAGGGGCCUCCAUCACAUUCACAACAGUCCGCUCCGAUGUCAUGGAGCUCUUUUCCUAUCGAAUUGUGUUGUUGACAGUUACUGGGUGGUGAAGCUAACAGAUUUUGGAAUUCGACCAUUUAUCAAGGAGAAAGUCAAGCAAAAGGAUCUCUUUGAGUUGCCCAUAUUGGUCAAUGAGCUGCCAAGAAAGUUUUUGCAACACUCUCCAGAAUUUUUGAGUGAAUUGUUAGCAAUGAAUGAGCUACCGAUUGGGAAUCAUCAAACGGAUAUCUACCAAAUGGGAAUGAUCAUUUAUCAGAUUCUCUUCAGACAAAUACCAUUCUCUGAGUAUCGACACCCAAUGGAAGAAGUGAUCAAAAAGAUUAUUGAUCAAAAAGAUUCAAAAGCAACGAUUCCACUUCGACCCAAAGUUCCAGAGGAAACCGAAUACACGUUGAGAUUGAGAUCAAUCAUGCAACAAUGUUGGAUUGGAAAAGCUGCUCAACGACCAACUCUAUCAAAAAUUCAAGAUGCACUAUUUCGAGAAUUCGGUGCAGAGUCAAAAGGCACCUUAAUGGAUUCAAUGAUUGCAAUGGUUGAUGAGUACUCGAAUCAUUUGGAGGAGAUCGUUGAGCAGAGAACCGAAGAGAUUCAAUCGUUACAGAAAAGAACCGAGCAUUUACUCUAUCAGCUGUUGCCAAGAACUGUAGCCGAUCAACUACGAGAGGGUCGACCUGUUCCACCACAGCUACAUCAAGCGGUCUCUUUACUGGCUGUAGACGUUUGUGAUUUCACGACACUUUGCGAGAACUCGACCCCACUUCAGAUCAUCGAAAUGCUCAAUCGACUCUAUGGGAAAUUUGAUUGUUUUGUAGAGAAAUAUCAAGCUUUCAAGGUGGAAAACGUCGGUGAUGCUUAUCUAUUGAUCUCUGGGAUUCCCAAAGUGGAUCACUAUCAACAUUUGGUUGAAGUCUGUCGACUGGCGUUGAAAUUUCGAGAGUUUGCUCUCAAUGAUUACAAGAUCCCACAUCAUCCGGAAAAAAAAUUGCGUUUAAAGAUGGGCAUCAAUUCGGGCCCUCUAGCAAGCGGGAUCCUGGGAAUUGCUGCUCCAAGAUUCUGCGUUUUUGGCGACACUGUGAAUUUGACUUUCCGAAUGGCGGCAACUUGUGAGCCUGACAAAAUUCAGGUGAAUGAGAUCACAGCGCGGAUUAUUCUCGAGAAAUUCUCCUCCGAAUUUCACCUCGAAGAACGCGGCGUCGUUGAUAUCAAAGGAAAAGGAAAACAAACGACUUUUUACAUUAAA